AUGUCGGUGCCAUUGGGGCUGAGAGAAGGUUCGGGGCAAUCAGAAGGUGGUGGCGGUAUUGAGUUUAUGAAUGAGGAAGAAACGAAAAAGGGCCGCAAGAGGAGCAUGAAGAAAGGCAACAAAGUCUGUCCUGAAAAGAAGAAGAAAAUCAUGACCUCGCUGCCCCGUCGUGUCUUCUAUAUGUUGCGUGUGGAAAGGAGACUGGAGAAGGCGAGAUUUUGCCUGACACAGGCUGAAGAGAUUGACUUCCUCAGCGACGACUGUACCAAGUUCUCUGGUGUGGCAUAUGAAUUCCCUUACGUUGGGGGUAACGUUGAGUUCAGUGGCUAG